AUGAUUCUUCAUUUGCCUUCCACUUUUUUUCUACUUUUCUUUUCAGCGUUUGGAUUAUUUUUGACAAUUUGUUUUCAUCUUCCAACGCUCUCCUUCACAACUGAUGUUUACGCUCUAGGCAGAGAGGAAUUCGCUCAGAACAGUAAGUUAGCGGAUCAUAGAGAAGCAGAAAUCAUAUAUCUUAUACAAGCACAGAGUUGCCUAUCUGAGCAUUACACUUCAUUUAUAAAAUUAGCAAGUAGCACUAGACGUGACGUUGUAGUUUUGAGUUGGGGCAGACGAUGUCAAGAUUCGUCCACAAAUCUUGGCAGCGUGGUUUACAUUCAAGGAGAGAAUACGUCAUGGAGUUCCGGGCGAAAUUUGUUGUAUCAUUGGGCUUUGCAGAGAAACAGGAGCUAUCUGUACUACGUUUUCCUUGAUGAAGAUAUCGAGUUUAUCUUCACAUCGAAUACGACCCAGGAUAGGGGUUACAAGGAAGGAACUAAACAUCCACUUGAAGCCUUUGAAAACUUUCUUCUGGACUACGAGCCCGCGGUAGGUCUGUGCAAUUAUUGCAGUCGUUGUGGGAAACUUGCGGAAAACGGUUCUUAUUAUGUACCUGCGCUUUGUUGCUCGCCGCGCCCUGCAACUGGAAAUCUCCCGCCGAUUUUACCGGUUACAAUAUCUUUUGACGCCGCUGUAAACGCGUUUCACACCAAGGCAGUUCAACAUAUUCUACCUUAUAGACUGGACUACGAGGAGAUAAGCUGGUGGGAGAGCCAAAAAUAUGUUAUUUUAAAGUCAGAUAUUUUAUUUCGCGGUCAAGUUAUACGCUAUACGCCGGUGACUGCCAUCAACAACGAACACAGGGAUUAUCCUCAACGACCAAUUGACAACUGGGAGGAUAUAUUGCUCGAUAUUAGGAAAAAUGUGCCACACAAAUAUCAGAAUCAAAGCGUUUUCAACAUGAAACUGGAAGUUGACAUGAUUCCGAUUAUUUCUGGGAAUUUCCUUUUCACACCAUCAUGGAAUAUUUCAAUUCCUGGUCCUAAAGUACCUAUUCAACCAUACAGUCAUUUUCACAAAUAGUACGAGCAAAAGGCAAAAAUGUCAAUAUUAUCGGAGAUAUUUGAUACAUUUAUCAACCACUCUUUCCGUUUUGAAAACUUCAGAUAAUUUUAGAUACAAUAACGCUGAUUUGUAGGAUCUGGUCUUUCCUAGCUCAUUCCGUUCGCGCUUAAUGUUGUGCUCAUAAACCGUUGAAAUGGACUGAAACCUUAAAAAAGUAAUUAACCCUAGUAAAAUAGGCACUUGAAUAGGGGAGAAAUAUGACUUAACAUAUGGGCUUUAUUUUUAGUCUUUUCUUGCGCUAAAACCAGUUAUAAUUCAUGCAGUUAAGGAGAAUUUACCCGGAACGUUACCGCCAAGCAACGAAACUAAGCAAUGAUGACACAAUGUUAUGAGUGAGAAGGUUGAAUUUUCCGGUAAAAUUCAAGGACAAAAGCAACAUAGCAAAAUGUAGACAGGAGUUACGCCUUGACUGAGUAGUUCAUUACAGUCUUGCACAAACAUGGGAAGCUGUAACACUUUCCUUUGAAUGGAGUUAUUUUUUUGUCUACCCACGUACAUGGUUAGUGUUUUUGAGAAAUCUCUUCACUUUAAGGUAGUAAUACCAAGAACAUUUCGCGUCAAUAUGAGUUAUAAUAUAUUUAUUCGAAUUAUAGGCUAUUCAUCAUUUGUUGUACAUCCUUCUUAAUAUAAUAUUUUUGAAGAAUGCCCUUCAAAUCGAGAUUUCGUUAUUCUUGCACAAAUCUGGGUCAGUCUUCAUCGAAACUUUGGCGGCUGCCUCGUUUCAAGAGCUUUUUUUCUGGAAUACUUCUUUCCGCUGGUUUCAACCUGGUCAACAAAACGUAUUCUGUUGAAUCACUACUCCUUUCAUUAGUUGUCAUGGCCUCGUCUCCUGGUCGAGGGGGCCAUUCAAUGCGCUGGGCGUUGGUUACUAAAAAUGUUCAUGU